UCUGUCUGUUUCUUGAUCGUCAUCUUUUCGGCAUAUUAAUUUCUUUUUUUCUUCGAUCUCUCCUUUUACUUCCAAUUAAUAAGUCAAGCAUAUCUAGCUUGACUCUUGCUUAAUAUAUCUGUGACUCUGUUAUAACAGCUUAUACUAUAUCAUCAGACAUCAUCUUCUGAUUUUUGUCUCUCACAAUAGAAUAUUCAUCAAGGUCAUGGAAGAUUCUUCCUCAGCCGCUUAUAUCCACCUGGUGCACCGUCUGAUAGAGGAGUGUAUCCUAUUCCACAUGAGUCAAGAGGAAUGCAUGGAAGCUCUUUCCAAACAUGCAAAUAUCAAACCGGUUAUUACCAGCACUGUAUGGAAGGGGCUAGAGAAGGAAAACAAGGAGUUCUUCAAGGCCUAUUCGAAGAGUAAAGCAGAGAGAGCUUCGAAGACAGAAGUUAGGCAAAAGAUACACAAGAUGGUUUCAGAAUCACAUUCUUCCAGUUCCAACGAACGAGUUUAGGUUAAAUUUUUAUGAAUGAAAGAAAGUUGCCACACGUGGUUUGUUUCUGUAAUAACAUCCAAAUCUAAGGGUCAAAUAAGUCAACAUGACCGCUGGGCAAAAGUAUGUGUUGGGGGAAGAAACAGAACAUCAUCUGGCAGAGUGGAUUUUGGUUUUGGAUGCCUUGCUGUUUGAAAACAACUGUGUGUUUAUUUAUGAAACGAAGAAUGUGUAUUUUGUUUGAGUAUAUAUAAAAAAUAGCCCUCUGGGUUUCUCUUCUAUUACUCAUGUAAAUUAACUUUUGUAUUAUGAAUUUGAAUAAUUUGGUGAGUGUACA